CUGCCACCGCUCCCUGAGAAACUCCGCUCGAAGAUAUCCAAACGUGAGUACAUUGACUUCAAUGAACUUCUCUCAGAUAACAUGUACCCACACCCUUCCUUCGCAUCCUCCCAGAACAACUUCACCCUGACUGUUGACCCCCAGGACGCCACUACCCUUGCCUUUGUACCUUCCCAGCGCAAGAAACGCUGCAUCGAUGGCCUUUCCUCCUGGCUAGAAGCCUGGAAUGUCUUCCUGCGCUCCACCAUAUCAAUCUACCCAUCUCUCGCCCCAGACCUCCUCGCAUACCAUGCCCAGAUUUGCAACUUUAGCAGGAAGUUUAAAGCAUCAGCCUGGCUUAUGUACGACACAGCCUUUCGCUAUAUGGCUGCCUCACAUGUCGCUAUGUCAUGGGGUAAAGUGAAUGAGCAGCUCUAUAAUGAUAUUCUGAAGGAAGAGACCCUGCCCUACUGCAUACAUUGCCACAACUAUGGUCAUCGCACCUUGGGUUGCCCCACUCGAUCUAAGCCUGUCCAGCCUUUUCGUCCCUUCUCAUCUUCCACAACCACUCCCUCACCCGACACCUUUGGCCCAGCCUCCAACACCCCCCUUCCAUCCCGCAACGAGCACCCCCAGCAAGCAGCCAUCUGUCGCGACUUCAACCGUCGGGCCUGCCGCCGCCCCAACUGCCACUUCCAGCAUAUCUGCAACAAACCAGACUGCGGUGGAAACCACCCUGGCUCUCAGUGCCCUAAAGUACCCCAAUUGUAA